CAUAGAGACCCAAUAUUUCCACAAACACAAAACACAAACUGGUAACUUAAAGUGACUCGGCGUGAUCAAAUCACAACCCAAAUUUUCUUUUGAAAACGUCGAAAAAAAAAGAAAUCUGAUACUACCAGAAAGACGGGUACCUUCCUAAGGAAGAAAUCGUGAAGCUGGUUAAUACGUUGGUAGGAGCAGUGUGUGACAUGUUUCGUUCACUAUUGACACCGCUCCUCGCUUCUAUCAUACUCGCGUCUACUACAGAUGCGUUGUCGUGGAAUAUAGUGCCCACAGAUCCCACGCACGUGCUGCUCGGUGAUAACGUGAGCCUAGCGUGGGACUACGAGUUGGACCCCGGGGAGGACACAAACGGCUUCUUUCAGGUAAUCUGGGCGCGCCACGAGCCCCACGGAUGGGUGAACCUCGCGGUCAAGUCCUCCCUCUCGGGUAUCAGCAUCCUCAGGGACGAAGGUCACGUGUUAGUUGACGCUGACGCGGAAGCGACAUUUAUUAUCAUGAACGUGCGCGAGUCUGAUCACGCGAGAUACCGCUGCUCUAUCGAGAGUAAAAUGAGCUUGUCUCCAGCAUCAGUAAAGCUAAACGUACUAGUUCCCGCCACCGUGGUGUGGAUCUCCGAGAACGAGUCUUUCAUUGAGGGCGCUAGCGUGACCCUGUCAUGCUGGGUGAAGGGCAACCCUGUGCCUUAUGUCACGUGGUAUUCACCUAACGGUACGCUCCUGCACAACGCUACAAACUCCAACAACAACAGCUACACCAUCACUGGCCUGAGACUCGACCAUGUGGGAGCGUACAGAUGCUUUACCAAGAAUGUACACGGCACUGAUGACAAGAUCACGUACAUUUACUUACCUCCUAGUAUAACCACCAUCACGCCCACACUCCAGACUGUAAACGAAUCAGAUAUUACCUCCAUCUACUGUAAUGCCUCCGGACUGCCCGCACCUUCGAUCUCUUGGAGCAAGAUGUCCAGCGGUGUAACUAUAGCAACAGGAGAACAUUUGGUUAUAAAUAACAUCAACAGGUCGGAGUCUGGUGACUACCUGUGUACCGCAAGUAACGGGGUCCUGGGCUCUGCUUUGGCAAAUGCUACCAUCAACGUGCAGUAUUCGCCUUUUAUUGAGGUCAUAUCACGAAUUCCACCGAUCACAGAGAACCAGACCCUGGAGUUGUACUGUAACGCUACUGGCAAUCCUGCGCCCGCGAUACGAUGGAGCAAGGGUAGUGACGUCACAGUCCUUUCAUCCGGGAACUCGCUGACGAUACGGCGCGUCCAGGGGGUUGACCAGGGGGUGUAUGUGUGCACCGCGUCCAAUGGUAUAGGACUGGACGCCUCGAGCACAACCACCGUUGAGGUGUUAGUUUCACCAGUUAUUGACGUCAUCCAGCCUCGCUCUCAAACAGUCAUCGAGGGCCAACCAGCGUCCAUGUACUGCAAUGCCACAGGGAACCCGCUUCCCAACAUCAUAUGGACACGUGGGAAUGGGAGCCUGGUGACGAGUGGAAUGACCCUUCAAAUCACUGCCGCUCAUCGGAGAGAGACUGGAACCUUCCGAUGUACCGCUGACAAUGGAGUUAUCAGGACGGCUCAGGCGAAAGUGACGUUGGAUGUGCAAUACCCUCCCAUGAUCCACAUCGGCCCAAAGGACCAAACAUUAAACGAAUCGAACCCACUCUCGCUCUACUGCAACGCCACAGGAAACCCAUCACCUAACAUCACCUGGGUCAAGACCGGCUCACAAAAUGUCACAGUUGGUCAUGGUCACACGCUCUCAAUCAAUAAAACGAUGACGUCAGACGAGGGGGUAUACGCAUGCGUGGCAGAAAAUGGGGUUGGGUUGCCUAGCAACGCUACAGCAAUGGUUACUAUCAUUGUUUUCACGGCUCCUGUGUUUGACGUCAUUCAACCCAACAUCACCACCAACGAAACAGAUACAAUAGUACUCCACUGCAACGCCACAGGCAACCCUCCUCCUCGAAUAUCAUGGAGCAUAAGUGAGCAAUCUGGUCAACGGCAACUUACAGGAGAGAAGGUCAUCAUCCAGAAUAUUUUGAGAAGCAAUACUGGGAUAUACCGCUGUACAGCAAGUAACGGUGUGGGAAAUGACGUCAUCUCUCAAGCACACAUCAAUGUGCAAUACUCUCCAUCCAUCUCACCCCUACCCUCACCGUACAUAACCUUAAACAGAUCUCAGUCAUUGAACCUGACAUGCCAUACAUCCGGGAAUCCAACACCUCUCGUCACGUGGUUUAAAGGGUCCAAUAACACGCCGAUUUCAAGCACGUGGCAUGGAAGUCUGGUUAUCCCGGAUGCUGGCGAGGAGACGUCGGGUCCUUACUUUUGUAAAGCACAAAACUCGCUCGGCUCCGAUACGGCACACAUUCAUGUUAUAGUAGAACAUCCGCCUGUCCGCACAGUCCUUCUCACCAACGCAACCAGCAAUACGCUACUUCAUGAGUCCACAGUCCUCUUCAACUGUUCAGCGGACGCUGUUCCUCCACCAACCAUCUACCGUUUUCACCAUGACGGUAUCGCUGUGGCCGUCAGUAGCGACGGCAUAUUUCUUAUAGAGCAUGCGCAGUUGAAAGAUUCCGGGAUGUAUACCUGUGUACCAGAAAAUCGCUUAGGGGAGGGAGAAUCGGUGACGGUUAACAUGACAUAUCAAGAUGGCCCAGAGAUGUCCGUGUCAAAAUAUACCAUCAGUUCCUGGAUUGGCAAGCCAACCAGCCUGACGUGUAGUGCUCUAGGGGUGCCAGCACCACAGAUUACCUGGUCAAGGCCUGGACAAGUUUCUACGAGUGUCUCUGGUAACCAGGCAACAAGUGAGCUCUCGCUGACCCCGCGGUCAAGUAGGGAUUUCGGCGAGUAUGUAUGUGCCGCUAGUAACUCCGCGGGUUCGGCUGACGCAAGGAUAGCGUUGAUAGAAUUAGUACCGCCAUCAUCGCCGUCAAUCUCAAGGGUCGAGCCCUCAGACAAUGAGAUCAAACUAAAUUGGGAAGCACCAGCAAGUGAUGGUGGGUCGCCUGUGGUGUCUUAUGUCGCGUCCGUUCAAAGAACUGGUAAAAGCACGUGGAAAAGCUGUUCAACUACAGACAGGAGCUGUGUUAUCAGUGACGUCAAGAUCGCUAGCGAGUACUGGGUUAGAGCGCAUGCGCAGAAUGCAGUAGGCGCUGGUCAAGGGACAGAAGUGAAUGUGACGGUGUCGGACCACGAGAUACGAUUGAUCGAGGAAGUCUGGUCCUCAUUGCUUAAUGACCAACAAAGUGCCAGUUACACUAAGCUAGCGGAAAAAUUUGUCACCCAGGUGUGGUCCGAAUACAGUCAAGACUCGUUUCUUCGAGGUGUUGGAGUUAAGGGCUUUAGAUCUGGGAGUGUAAUAACCUCCUUCCGCUUGACGCGAAACGACAGCCAGAUAGACAUGACAUCAUCUCUCAACGCGAAACUGACUGACGGUUACCUUGGUAACCUGAAGGCGCAAGUCGCAAUGGCAACACCGAGUAACACAGGUGCGCGUGAAGGAAGUGACUCGGCGACUGUUGGUUCCGUGGUGACAGUAUUCUUUCUCCUGUUGAUAGUCUUGAUCGUACUUGGGCUAUUGUACCGACGCAGUAGGAACCGAAACGUAACCCUAGUGGAGUCAAAAGAAGAAGCAGAGGAUCAAAACGAAAGUUACAAGACGCAGCACGAGAAUGCCACGGGACAAGCGUGGACAACAGAGAAACGUCUAGAAAACAGCCCACAGAACGAGGAUGAAGGUAUCGAGAUGGACAUGUACUCAGACCGUGAUAGCAGAGUGUCUCGCCUCUCCCCCCGCACAGAGCACGCCCCUAGCUCCCGUCCGCACACCCCCCUCCACAAAAACCGCGUCCACCCUGCCCAGGGCCCCGCCCACGGGGAAGGGGCCUGCACCACCAACUCGGACCAGUUCAUCCCGACUGAGUACGCCGCGGUGCUGGAGAAGAGUGGGACCAAGGAUAGACUGUACGCGGAGCUCGCCUGGCUUGAGACCAAAGGUGAGCCAGGUCGUCCCAAGCGCCGCCAGCGCCUGCCAAGCAUAAGCGGAAGCGCGGUUCCUCAGCGGAAGUACAGCAUCUUAGAGAUUUUGAAAGAUCAGCAAAGACCAAGGGCCAAUAGGAUUGGGAGUGAGGCUCGACCCAGGACCUCGUCUGUGGGGAACGAGUCCACGGUCGAGUACACAAAUGAAAGCAUCUAGCGACGAGAGGGCGGGCUUUAGUUAGCACAGACAGAGCUUCACUGUCUUCGCCAUUGCCCCUUGAUCACUCUUUUUAAAAAAAUGCUUGCAGUAUCAGUCUAAUAAUAACAUUUGUUGUGCUCGAAUGCUCGCCUCUAGAAUAUAAUGAUGUUUAUUUGCUCGAUUUGCGCCUAGAAGAUACCAGAGUUUUGGCCAGUCGCGCCGAAAAAUUAUUCUGCAAUCACACUCUGUGUGAUUUUUUCAAUUUAGUAUUCCUCAAAGAAUGCCUUUACACUUGACGUUGUUUGCUGUUCGCGUGUGCUCCCUGUAAAGUGCUUUACUGUAACUGCCCUUUCCCCUAAGAGGAGCCUAUGUAGACGAAUAAAAGUGUGAUACUCUUCGUUCAGGUAGUUGAAGAUGUAUAAACCCCGUGCAAAUAACCACGCCAGCAUUGUCGAUUGAAAGUCGUUUCGUUUUAUUGCCAGACUAUCGAAAAAGUGCCAGAAAUACUGGCUAAAGCUGGCUGUUUGCACGAGGCCCAAGAACACCUAGAGCUUUUGAAAAGUUGCAUUUAGUUUCAGAGGUAGGCCUUUAUUUGUUGAUUGAUUUUCAUUGGAGUUUGAAUGAAGUUUACCAUAGCAAAGUAGAUGUCAAUUAAAGUAUAGCUCAGCUUAUAAAUAAGAAAAAUGAUGCCCUUGUAACUAUCAAUAUGGCGUUAUCAUAUUAGCACGCUAAAUGAAAAAAAAAACGUUAAAAAAUCUUGUAUUUAGCAUGGAAUAACUUGCAUUCACAUCGCAAGAACCAAAAGUAUGGAAAGGUUAAGACCGUUCCGAUAUCUACUCUUUCAUAGUUAAGUUUGUAAUGUUUCUUGUUUUAAAUAAAGAGCAUAUACUUGAUAAUUGUAA